CCGAAGGUACAGCCAGUUGUGCGACAUUCUCCCUUUGGCCACUUUCCAAUUACUUUUAUUUUCCUCUUCAUCAUUGGUCGCCUUGGAGGCCGCUCUCUUCCCGCGCGGGCACUCCGGGAGAGGGGCGGGCCUAACAAGGCAUUGCUAAGCGACAGAGAUGCGCGCGGGGUCAGCCCGGUGAGGGAGCGGAGCUGGCGGAAGCGCUCAGGUAGCUGCGGGAUGGACCGCAGUCUGCCAAUUUUCUCCAUCCAAGACAGCCCCUUUGAGGAUACUCCCCUGGAUCAAAGCCACUACUGGCCGUCCCAAAGCCAGACCUGGCACCCCAAGACCCUGAGCCCAUCCAGGUCCUGGGGGUCCAGGCCCCCAGAAGCUCCCAAGGCUCUGGCCACAGGUCCCAACUCCUCUGAACUGUUUGAAGAGUCCUGGCCAUCCAGCUCAGGGACCCCUUCCCCACCCAGCACCACUGAAGGACAGAUGGGAGCCUCCCAACCACCCACCCUGGUUGACAGCAGGGAGUCCGUGGUGGCCAAGUACAUAAACCGGUUCCGCCAGGCUCAGCCCACAAGCCGAGAGGAACGCCAGCCUGCAGGCCCAACCCCAGCUGACUUUUGGUGGCUACGGCCUGAAUCUCCAGACACCCCCAGUCAACUUGCAGCAGCAGGAGCCAGUGAACCAGAAGGAAGACCCAACAUAGCAGUCCCAACUCUUGCAAAGGUGGCCAGCGCAUCUCAGGCUAAGGUUGUGGCUCCCCUUGAGGAAAUGAAACAGAGCCUCAACACAUGGAACUCAUCCCUGUUGGACCUGGAGACACUGAGCCUACAGAACAGAGCUGCCAGGCUGCUCAAACGCAGCAAGGCGUCCAUCUCCUCCUCCUCACUCAGCCCUAGCGAUACCAGCAGCUCCUCAUUCCCCGUCAGCUCUGAUGGCCUCUCUCCCUUCUCCGCGACCUUCACCCCUGACUCCAGCAAGGGCUCUGACCCCAAGGCACAUGUAACACCAGCACCUGCCCCCAUCCCUGCUCCAGCCCCGGUCUCCUCCCAGGCACCCCUGCGUCCAGAGGAUGAUAUUCUGUACCAGUGGCGGCAGCGGCGGAAGCUUGAACGGGCUCGAGGAGGGCAGGGUGAUGGAACCUGGGUACUACCCCGGACUCCUUCCCUCACCACUCUAGCCCUUCCUGCCCCCGCAGAGACCCUUGGCUCCCUGGGAACGCAGCCUACCUGUGUCCCACAUUGGGCCAGUGUGGCCCGAUCGGGGCCCCUGGAGGCCUUCUAUAUGGAGAGGCCUCCUAUUCCCCCAGGGUUCCCUCCACACAUCUUUUGGGGCCCCAGCCCCCAUGGGUUCUUCUGGGCCCCGCAGUCUGGUCCCUGCGUAUCUCUCGGGGCCAUUCCUCCCAAGCCCUGUACCCCUGCGCCUCCGGCUGCCACCUCGGCACCCGCAGCCUCCCCCCUCCCGCAUGUUGCAGGGCUGCCUGGGAGCAGCGGGAGGAACUUUGGGCCACACGGCCACCAUCUCUUCUCCUCCACCCUCCCGCCCCCAGCCGCCCCCCAGGAUCCACCCACUCCUGCUCCAAGCUGCCGGGCGCAGCUCGAGAAGCAGGGCCCCAAGCCUCGGAGUAGCGGAGCCCCGCGCCAGGAGUCCGCUGGGACAGUCGUGGCAGCUGACGAGGGGCCUGGCCCGCAGCUCAGAGGCGCCCUGGGCCAAGUAGUAUCCGCUCGGCUCUUCCCGGACAGCCUGGAGGACACGCCCCCUCACCUUGAGGGCCCACCUCUGCCCGAGGCUGAAUCUCUGAAAGUCAAGGCCACACACCCCCAAACCAAGAUUGCACCACCUCGCUCAGAGGUCACUCCCCCUCUAUCUGGAUCACGAUUUCCCAAAGCACAGACUCCGCCAGGUCGGUCUAAAGCCGAGUCUCGGAAAGCCCAGGCCACGCGCCCCCUAGCGGUGUGGGAGCCUCGGAAAGACAAAGACACUCCCUUGGCUGAAGCUGGGUAUCCGCCGCCCAAGGUCCCGCCCCCUCCAGCUGAGGAGGCGUCCCCUGGCCCCGAGGCCCCGCCCCCUCCCUCCAAGGCGGGGCCUCUCGAGGAGGUGGCUACGCCCCGGUCCGCUGCUGAGCACGCCCCCUCAGGAGAUCUGCUCUGCCAGGCUGCCCGACUUCUGGAGGCGGCAGAAGACUCUGAUGGCAGCGAGUUCCAGGACGACCCGGUACUUCAGUUGCUAAGAAUUCAGAGGGCCGAGCUGAGACGGCAGAAAAGGGAAGUGGACGCCCAACUAUCCCUCUUACUGGAGCACACUGAAGACUCAGGGACUUGGUCUCCUCCAACCAGGUCGCCCCCCAGGUCCCCAGGAAGGCGGCCGCAGAGGGGAGGAGCUUCUCUUGAGACCAGGUGGCGCUGAAUUGUACAAAUUAUAUUUUUCCCAAUAAAAUGUUUUUCAUGUUA